GCAAGAAGUAGCUGUUGGUAACUCUAAAGUGCUCGUUUCGAAAAUUGAUGGACAAAUUUAUGCCACUUCUAGCAAAUGUACUCAUUAUGGAGCACCCCUUGCCAAAGGCGUCCUAUCGUAUGAUGGACGUAUUACUUGUCCUUGGCACGGUGCAUGUUUUAAUGUCAAAACUGGAGAUAUCGAGGAUUCUCCCGGAAUGGAUAACCUUCAAUCAUUUAAGGUUACUAUCAAAGAUGAUGAUAACGUCUACGUGGAAGUUGAUGAAGCAGGCAAGGAAUUUCAACCCUUGAAAGCGGGAAGACGUCCUCCUAAAUGUAUCGUUACGCCUACGAUUAGCGAAGAUACUCUUGGUGGUGGUAAUGCAAUUACGGAAAAGGAUACCAUAGUAAUUCUUGGCGGUGGUGCUAGUGGUAAUGCAGCUGCAGAAAAACUUCGUGAGAGUGGAUAUUACGGAAGAAUCUUCCUCGUGAGUCGAGAACCGUACCUACCUAUCGAUAGGCCAAAGCUUUCUAAAAAUUUUGGUUUUGGAAUUGAAAAAUUAUUUCUCAGAAAUCAGGCAUUUUAUGAUCAGUUGUCUAUCACACUUAAAUUGGGAACCACUGCAACGAAGGUAGAUCCAACAUCAAAAUCUGUUGCUCUUGAUAAUGGAGAAGAGUUGAAAUAUAAUAGUUUGAUUAUCGCUACCGGUGCCGACCCGAGGUCAAUUCCGAUUCCGGGAAUUGAUUUCAAAAAUGUUUUAUAUCUUCGUACCUUUAAUGAUUAUAAAAAAAUUGAAGGUAUCGUUAAUGAAAAUGAUGAAAAGAAGAAUCUGGUAAUAAUUGGAUCUUCUUUUAUCGGAAUGGAAGUUGCGGCAAUGUCGGCUAAAAAGGCUAAUGUUUCUGUAAUUGGCAUGGAGAAGGUACCAUUUGAAAGAGUACUUGGAGAAAAAGUUGGAAAGGUGUUCCAAACACUACAUGAAUCUCACGGAAUCAAAUUUUAUCUUGAAGCUGGGGUUACAGCUAUUGAACCAUCUGAAACCGAUCCCAGCGUAUGCGGUGCAGUGGUUUUAAGGGACGGAACUAAAAUCAAAGCCGAUAUAGUAAUAGUUGGUGCUGGAGUCGUACCGUCAACAGGAUUUUUGAAAGGAACGCCCGAAUUUAAACUAGAGAAAGAUGGCGGCAUAAAGGUUACAGAUAGUUUCCAAGUUGAGGGACUCGAAGAUGUUUACGCAAUUGGGGAUAUUGCUAAAUUUAAUUACUCUAUAACCGGUGAACCUCUUAGAAUCGAGCAUUGGUCAUUUGCGGAGAAUACGGGAAGAGCAGUUGCUGAAGCCAUAGUAUCAAAAAAAGUAAUUCCGUUCAAAAAGAUUCCUUACUUCUGGAGUAAUCAGCUUUCUAAAGGAUUACGUUAUUGUGGAUACGCCAGUAGCUUUGAUGAUGUCAUUGUACAAGGAAGUUUAGAAGAAAUGAAGUUUGCGGCUUUUUACGCACGUGGUGAUAAAAUUUUAGCAGUUGCCACAAUGUCUAGCGAUCCUAUUGCAUCUCAUAGCUCUGAAUUGUUAAGACUUGGAAAAUUUCCAACGGCUACUGAAAUCCGAAACGGAAAGAGUCCGAUUGAUGUUCCUUUAACAGCUUAA